AUGGUCCGCAAUGCAAUUGUGUUUGGAUCAAAUUCACGUGAAGUUCGAGAAAAACUGCUGCAGGAAGUUAUACAUGCACCUCGACGUGUUGCAUUUGCCAUAAAGGACAAGGUGAAAGUACAGCAAGAUCGAAUUGAGGAUCUCGGUGUCAUUGCCAAGGUCAAGAAGAGCACAGCCUUGGUCAACUCACUAAUUGUAGAGAAACCCAAAACUGGUCAACUACGGAUAUGCCUCGAUCCCAAGGAUCUCAAUCAAGCCAUCAUGAGACCUCACUACAGAAUGCCGACGUUUGAAGAUCGCAGAAUGGAUGAGAUCAAUGAGAACCUCGAUGGAUUCAAUGUGAUCGUCGAUAACAUUCUCGUGCAUGGACAGUCAAAGGAGGAACAUGAUCGUCGUCUGAGAGCGAUGUUACAGCGUUCUAGUGAGAAAGGCAUUCAUCUGAACCCAGAUAAAACAGGGAUUGGAGUACAUGAAGUGAGUUACUUUGGUCACAUUCUCUCUGCUGAUGGGAUCAAGCCCGACGCUAAGAAAGUGGAUGCCAUCCAGAAAAUGGAAGCACCUAAGGAUCAAUCAGAUUUGGAGAACGACCUGAGUAAGUUCGCACCUUUUCUCUCAAAGAUAACUUUCCCUCUGGGAGAUAUGUUGAAACAAGAUAAUAUGUUUCAAUGGGACAGCAAUGCGCAGAUUGCCUUCAAGAAGAUGAAGAAUGCUGUAACCAGUACAGACUUCUUGGCCUACUAUGAUCCGAAGAAGGAGCACAUCUCUUCAAGUGCAUGCAUCACAAAAUGGAGAGAGGAUAAUAGUGCCAGACAGGAUGGAGUGCCUCAGGAAGUGAUAUCACAUAAUGGCACUCAAUGCACAGCAGAGGAAUUUGUUAACUUCACAAAGUGUUGGGGUUUCAAACAUUCAACGUCUAGUCCUCACUACCCGCAGAGUAAUGGUUUGGCUGAGAAAGGUGUGCAGAUGGCCAAACGUCUGUUCGACAAAGUACCAGCUGAUCACAGGGAUCCAAGAUUCAGCUUGUUGGAGUACAACAACACUCCCAUCGGACAUGUAUAG